AUGAGCACUGAAAACUGUAACGGCAAUAGCUUAUAUCCCGAUAUUCACGAAAGCAAAUCCCAGUCGUCGUCCACGAAAACCUUCAUGGAUCACGGACCCGAAGAUUUGGCCUUGGUUGUUAAGGCGACGGACUUUGCUGCCAGACGGCAUCGUCACCAGAAGCGCAAGGAUCAUGCGGGAGUAGCCUAUAUUUUAACGAACGAAGCGAAGGUUUUCGAUGCGGUGACACUCGCUGCAGCUAUGCUGCAUGAUACCGUUGAAGACACGAAAACGACGUUCGAAGAGAUCAAGGAGGAAUUCGGACAAGAGGUACAUGAUAUCGUGAAGGAAUGCUCGGACGACAAAUCGCUCCCAAAGGAUGUGAGGAAGAAGGCACAAAUCGAAAACGCUCCAAAACACUCGCACAAGGUAUAA